AUGUGGGUCGACAAUUUGCCUCUCGACUUGAAGGCAAAAGUCAGUGCCCUUAUCCGAGCGCAGCCUUCAAGCGAAUUCAUUCUCAAAGAACUUUACGACUACAUGGCACUGAGCCCCGAAGCAAAAAAGAGAAAAUUGGCUUCUCCUGCUACCAAUGGACAAGAAAGCCAAAAUAACACAGGGGCGGUCAACACUCCAAACACACAAAGUGCUACGCCUAAUGCUGAGCCUCACACAGACCAAGGGCCAAAUGCGCCGAUCAACCCAAACGAGGUGAUUUUUGAGCUUUCCAGUUUGUCAUUUACUUCGCCCAUGAGACGAAAGAUGAAUCUUGUCUUUCAUUUGACAAUUGCACCAGACAGCACGCCGCAUCCGCUAUUUUCUGUUGUCAAUGUGAACACUGGGAUCCCGGAAAUCUCAAUCGGCAACUUACGCUCCUCAAUCAAGUUAUGUUGUCUCAUUCCAAUUCUAGGAAACUCGACUUUACCCACGAAGAAAAACACCGCCAUGUUGUGCUUCUGGCUUAAUGAUGAUCUGGUAGCUGACCCCUCGAAGAACGAUCCCAUCAUCUGCACAUUCAACUUAGACUUGGUCAAAAAACAAUUGGCCAAAGACGGGAAGAUUCCGCCCGAUGCCGAGGCUCGUGUGGCCCACAUGGCAUCUAGUCCCGACGGUAUCAAGCCCAUUAAUGAGCUCAUUAUUGAUUUUUUGGAACGGCAGUUCAGCUUGUGUGGCAUCAGCUUGUUCAACUUUAUGCCUUCAGCAAAAGUGUUCAAGAACCAACUCAAUAUGAACUUUGAUUCAGUAAUUGCUGUAUCGGCUCAGGGCAACUCAGUCAAUGAUUUUCUUGCAGUGGAGGCCUACAAGGGAUCGAAAGAGGGCGCACUCCUUUUAGUGUCUCCAUCUCCUGAUAAGGCGUUCCUAGUUUUCGGUUUCAAGAAACCAAUUACAAUAUUGGACUUUUCCAGCAUUAAAGAUGUUUCGUACAAGGACAUUUCCAAGUUUACAUUCACAGCAGUGAUUACUUACGAUGACCACCUUUCAGGGAAAGAAGCGACUCUUGAGUUGAGCAUGAUUGACCAAAAGUCGCACCAGGCAAUUGACGAGUUCAUCAGGAGAAUGAAUAUCGCCGAUAAUUCGUUCGACAACAAGUUUAGAGAAACUGCGCCAAAGGAAGACAAUACUGGUGCUACAGGAACAGAAGCUUUAUUAGCGGAGGGCAACGAUGAUGAUGACGAAGAGGAAGAUGUUUCUUACACGGGUGAACCACAGGGCGAAAGCGACAGCGAUUUAGCAGAAGAGUUCGAUAGUAACGCCGAAAGUGGAGAAAGCGAUCUAGAAGCAGAAUCGGGUGACGAGACUGAGGGAGAAGAUGAAGGAGAGGAGAACGAGAUCAAGGAGGAGAUAAAGCAAGAAGUCAUUGAGGAAGUCAAACAGGAGGCAGGAGAGGCGCCCGGCAUCAUGGCUGAAGAGAGUAAGGAGCAAUACGUAAAAGUGGAAGAAGAGGAAGGGGCUGUUCUGGAGCAGAUUUCCUGA